AUGGCCGUCAACACCCAAACUCGUACCUUUGCUAGCCUUUUCAAUCAAUCGAAUGCGGCGAUCCCUUCAGCGACGAUCAAUACAAGUGUUCAACAACAAUUUUUGGAUUUCAAAAAUGUUAGUUUCUUCAACGGUCAGCCAGAACUUAAAUACGAUGAUGAUGAAUUUGAAGCCUUGAUCGCACCUCAUAAUAAGAUGACGUUGGAUGGUACUGCUUUGGCCUCUACUGUUGUGCAGGAAAAACAGGCUCAAACAAGAUCGAACAAGGUUCAAUUCAAAAUAACAACGCCAGUUCCCAAGUGGAAAUCCAAACGAUCAAGAACGGAUGAAGCCUCAAAGUCAAGAUUAUCAGAAGAGGAGAAGCAGGCAGUCCUGAUUGCUGUUGAUGGUGUUUUGCCUUUGAAAGAGCAGGAAACUACUCAAACUGAUAAAAAGGGUCUGAAUUCAGAGCCAUCAGAAACUACAGAUACUACAGGGCAAGAUUUACCCCCUACAUCUCCGAACACAAUGAUCUCUGCCACGUUCUCGGUCGCAGCAGCUGUUGAUGAUUUAUUGAUUGGCCGUCGAAGUUCCGAACCUGAUGAUUCUGAUGACCCACGCAUCACAUGGUCAGACGGUGAGAAGGAUGAUGUAAAAAUACAAGAAACCAAUGGAUUUACCGUGGUUAAAAACAAGCGUGGCCGAAAAAUGAAUGUGGAACGUACUCAGUUGCAAACAGGCUUAGAGCCUCGCAGAUAUAAAGCGUCAAUUAUUGUCUUGCUUGAACCAAUGUUGGAUGCUAUCAAAAUUGAUAGGAUUAGAGUUGAAUUGGGCUAUGCUCAUGCUUAUUCUUCUUGUUCUAGUAAAAUUUGGUUUUUUUCUACUAAUGCUUUAGCCAUUCAGCUGCUUGGUGGUUCUGAACAAUCUCUUCAUUUUAAGGAAUGGAUUGACACAUUCCCAGUAGCCUCAGUUGAACAUCUCAACAGAACGACCUCAGACCAUUGCCUGCUUCUAUUGCAAUACAGAAACACAGAAGAAACUCGGCCAAAGAGUUUUUGUUUUCAGAAAAUGUGGUUACCGCGGCCUGAAUUUCUUAAAGUGGUGGAAGAGAAUUGGAACAUGCCUCUCAGUCAAUCAGGAAUGCUUGGUUUCUCUCUAAAGCUGAGACGGUCAAAAUUAAGAGUCAAAACCUGGAACAAGGAGAACAUUGGAAAUGCUUUUGAUAACCUGAAAAAAGUUGAAGAUAAGUCCGGAUUCAUGUGUUCGCUGCAAUCUCUCCGCCAAUGUCAAUACUCAAUCAACUCGAGCAGCGCUGCCAAAAAUUCCUAUGGAGUGGUUCUGAAGAAAGAAAAAAACACUGGCGCUCCUGGAAUCGUAUUACCUACCCUGUGGAUGAAAACGGCAUCAGCCUGA